UUGGUUGACAUAUGUAUCCAAAUUGUCAGGAAAAUUUACUCGGGCGACUUUUUAAAUAAGACAUAGUUGUUAAAUUGCUUUAAUUACUACAACACUAUACAUGUUUGAUUUUCCUUUUGUAAAAUAUCAUCGAAAUCAUUGGUGUUCAACCUCUCAACUCAGAUGUAAAAAAUGUCACAUAGAUAUUUGGCAGCAGCCUUGUAGAUCAAGUGUCAACCCGCACACACCAACGUUCAGUACAUGAUAGAGAACAGUUUAAUAAUAUAUAUGGUUGAUGCGGACAAACAUUCCACGCUAUACCGACACGUGAUGUGGAUUUCUUACCCUUAUCGAUUUGACAUGCUUCAAUAAGAAAAAUCUAGAAAAUCUAUUACAAUAUUGUAAUGUUUAGUGGAGUGACAAAGCCUCAAAGAAAUUGACCUAAACAGCGAUCACACAGGCACACACUAAGUCGUUCUUAGCAUUUCUUAAACACUUUUAGAUAUUGUGAUUAUUAUAUAUAUAUCACUCAUCAAGUCAACCCUAUAUUCAUUUCCAUGAUGAAAGAACCAUUAACCACCAAAGUAAGCAAUACAUGUAUACAUUAAAGUCUGAUUAUGAUUUUAACUGAAGAAGUCGUAACUAUACUACAGCACGGAGUAGAUAUAGCAAAAUAUGUGGAUACGUUGAUGGCUAUAAAGAUAUAGUUUAACCUCAAGUAAAUCACACAAACUAAACAAAAAUUACUCUUACACAACAAUGUGCUUGGAAACAUGAUUUACUCUUUGUUUCACCCCCCAAAAGUUCGAUAAAACAAGUUGAAGUGUUAACUACAUGAUUUUGUUCAGUAGAAUUAACCCAUGUAAAUUACAUAAAACUAUUAUGCAAAUUUUUUUAUAACCAAGCUAACACAUUGAAGCGUUAUUAAUUUACCUCAGUUUAUUUUAAGCAAAAGUACAAGUAGCCCAAUAUCUAAUUAAGUGAUGUCAAGAUCAUGACAAAACAUAUAUAUUCAUGAAACUGAGAUGAAGAAAGCGACCACUUUAGAUAGAAACAUAUAUACAUCGGCGACUUAUUUGGCCGCCACCCAAAUAACGCGAUUUUACAACCAGUGAAGCAAUUAAAAUAUGUCUUUACAGCUUUGACUUCAUCACCUCCGAGCUGUUAUCAAUCCCUCCCAAACCCUAGUCUCUUCAUCCCUAACUGGUUUGCACUUUCUUCACUCUCUUUUCUUCACUCCUCACUACUUCACUCUUCAACUAACUUAACUGCCCCCCACCUCCAUAAAAUGGCAUCAACCCCUUCCUAUCAUUCAUCAAACACACCACUCUUCAAUCUUCAAAACCCUAGUUCUCAUUGUCAAUAUGCCAGGAACCUCCAAAGAAAAUGGUGGCCGCCACCCUUUGUACAAGGGAGUGAGGCAACGUAGGAACUCAGACAAAUGGGUGUCUGAGAUCCGUGAGCCGAGAAAGCCUAACCGUAUCUGGUUAGGAACAUUCUCCACCCCGGAGAUGGCGGCAAUAGCCUAUGAUGUGGCAGCUCUAGCUCUCAAAGGAACUCAAACGGAGCUCAACUUUCCAAACUCAGCUUCAUCUCUCCCUGUCCCAGCUUCCAUGUCUCCAGGAGACAUCCAAGCCGCAGCCGCUUCCGCGGCCGCUGCUUUUGGUGCUGCUAGGGAUGCGAUUGUAAGGACCAAUAACACCAACGCUUCGAGCAGUGUGGAACGGAGUAACGUGAAUACAAAUGGAUACAUGGACGAGGAUUUGAUAUUCGACAUGCCUAAUGUGCUCAUGAAUAUGGCUGAAGGAAUGCUUCUCAGCCCUCCUCGUCAAUCUAUCUUUGAUGCUGCUUCCGACGCUGAUGGUUACACCGGAGGAGACGAUUACUUGUGGAAUUUUCCUUGAUAACAAAAUAAACUAAUCAUUACGAUAAAUAACUAUGUGAUUUUGUGUGUUUUUAUAUAUUAUAUAAUUAUAUAUAUAUGUAUGAAAUAAAGAGAUGGUGUCUAGUGAUGCAUUGCAUGCAUGGUUAGGCCCCGUUAAGACCGUAAGAAAAGGUCGUACUGUAUUAAAGUUUUUCUUUUUCCUUUAAACUAUUGUCUACAAUCUAGUUUGAUGUACUUGCAAAUGUAAUCACAGUCAAUGACUUGACUGAUACUCAGUUGCUUUAUUUUACCGAUGGACAAAGUUUUCAUAGGGGUUGGUAAUAAUAGGUGAUGUAACUAGUGUUUGUUAUUAGAUUAUAUCAUUAUAUAUAUCCCUUUUACUCUAUAGCUAAUUUCACAGCAGCAUGAAACAGUUUUGAACCGUGACCUAUACAAUUUCUAGAUUUUUUGUUUAUGAAAAAAAAAAAAAAAAAAACAGCCUUCACUCUUCAGUGCCAUGGAAUAAUUCUUGUUGUAACAUAUAUUGACCAGCUAUUGUCAUGAAAAUGACGAAGUUGCGUUGACUAUAAAACCCAUCCUCUUUCUUAAAGCCAAUAGGAUGAUCGGGACGACUCUCUCCUUAUAGUCAGGUGGAAACCCC